GUUCUGGCGUGCCGGAAGUAUAUCCAUCGAUGUUUCGGAAGUAAAUCUUACUUUUCGGUGAUAUCCGAAGCCGAAGGAGGUGAUCGAUCGAGGAAUGACAGACAGAGCUUCGUAGCCAAAAGGUCUCGAGGAGGUUGUGGGUCGAGGAAUCCUCGAAGAUGCGUCAUACAUCGCCACCACCAUGAUCCUCUUGAGAAAUCCAGGCCGAUCUCGAACAUGUCUGUUCUCACUCCGCUCGUAUCGACCUGUCGUGGUCGGUCGUGUAAUCACCUCGCCGAUCUCGACAACAACAUCGACCUCGAUCGAGGAUCCUCAUACGGUACCUACCAUUGACCCGCUCGACUCCCAUAUCCUCGCAUCUCUUCGGCAUAUACUCUCACUCCCACUUCUACCUCGGGAUGUAUCUCGACUACGACAUACGCCUACGAUCACGAGCUUGUAUGAGAUGUACGACCAGUACCGCUCGAACGCGCACAGGAUACUGGAGGAUUUCGUGCUUGUCACUGAGGAACACCCGAGAGGAGAUCGUCGUGCGGUUGCAAUAUCAAGCUCCGAUCCAGGAUCCGUAGACGGAUUGCCGAAACCCGGGACGAACUCUGAGGAAGGCGAUGGAACCGUCCUCGUCGUUCAUGCUAUGCUCAAGCGACAUAGCGAUAGAACCAGCGGGAUAGAGGAUCUCCAGAUUGACAAGAUGUCGGUCUGUUCCGGGUUCGUCUUGAACGUAAGACCUAGCUUAGUGGGAAUCGAUAACAACAGCGAGGCUAAGGCCAUCAACCGUGAGGAAGACGGUAGAGCCGAGGUAGAGAGAGGAGAAGGAGCGUUCGUGAUGACCUGUGCUCAUACGCUCGAAGAGAUGUAUAGACACCUUCCGCACCCCCACCCGCCAUCUGCUCGAACUCCAACUCCGGAAUCGAAUACCAGUCUCGAGACUGAACGUCCGAUAUCGAUGUCUUUCAUCCUCACAUCUUCUGGUCUCUCAAUUCCGCUGGAAUCAUGUCUAUCGAGUAUCCCUCGGUCGGACCUCGCCCUCUUCCGAGCUCGCCACACAUCAAAUAAGCCAGAGAAACGACUGAGAUUAAAAAGCCUACCGAUCACCCCCUACCCAGUCCCGAUCGGUCAACAAAUCGGAGUUCACCUCUUCAGCGGGUUAGAUGACGGGGAACCUGUUGUCAAGCUGAAUAAGCGACAUUCUCUUGUCGAGGGAGGUGGGAGCGAUAGGGAUCGGGUGCAGAGGACGUCUUCGUGGAUAGGAGGAAGAGCGUAUAAGCGGUGGGGUGUAGGGGAGAUGCUUGGGUAUAGGUCUUAUACUGGGCAGGAGGUCGAGGCCGGCUCUUCGCAUACCCUCCCGCACCUCCAAGUAUCCCCCCUCCCGACCCCCGGCUCAUCAGGUGGCCCGAUCAUUAGGCUGGAUACGGGCACGGUCGUCGGUCUCGUAUCCGGUCGAAGGUCAGAUAAUCGCGUGGAAGGCGAACGAGGAUGGGGAGCGGCCGCUGAAGGGAUCUUUGAGGUGAGUUCGGGGGGUAACUUGGGAAGGCCCGAAGAGAUUUGAGCGUCGAGCGGGAGCGAGUGGAGUCUAUGCGAGCUGAUACGUUGCGAGGGUUGUUCACUUUAGAUCUUUGGAUUGCCGGGGUUUGUGCCUGCCAGUAAAC